CUUCCAAAAAUAAACCGAAGAAGAAAAGCAACAUAAUGGGAGCUGUAACAGAUGAUGAAGUUAUACGAAAACGUCUUCUUAUUGACGGUGACGGAGCUGGAGAUGACCGUCGAAUAAAUCUGCUGCUGAAAAGUUUCACUAAAUGGUGCAACUCGCCUGGGACACCGGAGGAAGGGUUCACUCAGUACCAGAGGAUGGUYGGGACUCUGGCUCAGUGUGAGUUCUCCAUGGGGAAGACUCUGAUGGUUUAUGACAUGAAUCUUCGUGAAAUGGAAAAUUAUGAGAAGAUAUACUCUAACAUAGAACACAACAUCAUGUCUGCACAUGAGAAGAUCACAGAAUGCAAAAAAGAAAUUCAAAGGGCGAAGAGAAUACGAAAGAAUCGUCAGGAAUACGAUGCUUUAGCUAAAGUGAUCCAGCAGCACCCUGACAGACAUGAAACCCUCAAGCAACUGGAAGCACUUGACAAAGAACUCCAGCAACUUUCGCACAUCAAGGAGAAUGUGGAUGCAAAGUUGGAGUUGAGAAAGAAGCAGUUUCACGUUCUUCUUACGACCAUUCAGGAGCUACAGCAGACACUAGAGAUUGAUGAGAAAUCAGACAAUGAUGACCAAAGUCAGGAGAGUCCCAUGGAGAACAGCGAAUGAACUUUUAAAAAGGCCUGACUGAAACAGAUGUAGCUUUGAAAAUAWGAAGUUUGUUUUAGGGAGUCUUUUUGUAUGUAUUUUUGAAUAAAAUCAACUUCACUUCUGCU